AAAGAGAUAAACCCACACGCACAGCAAUAGAAAGAAAAAAAACCCGUAAGAGGCAAACGAGAAAACGAGAAAAGCAAUCAUUCAAUCAUAUUGUAUUGUGCUAUUCAUCCCGACAGCUCGGCGAAGCCUCCCUCCCUCCCGUUGUAAAGUAUUUGCCGUGAAUGUGCCGGGGAGUAGAGGUGGGCAAAAUCCGGAUACGGAUAACCGGAUAAUUCUGAAUAAACCAUUAUCCAAAUUCAGACUCUUGAUUCCUUUUUUCAGACCCGUUUGACGAAGUGACCCAACUUGUUUGUCGAAGCUGUUUUAACCCAUAAUUUGCCGAAUCGGUUCAUAAUAUAUUAUUUGCCGAAAUGGUGCACUGACAUAUUAUCCGGAUUUUGCUGAAGCGACUCAUUGCCCAGCCUUACCGGGGAGUGAGAGCCAGGCAAUCACAGCAACAUUGGGGCCUGUUGUCCAAUGACAUGCUCUGGGCGCUGCAACAGAUGGCUUCUGUCUCUAAUUAUCCCAGAAGCCCCCACUGUUUCUAAUCCCCGAGAGCUUUCGCGCACUCCGACACAAGCAUGAUGAUUAAAAUCUUGACAGCUUCGCUCCGGGGGAAAGAAAAGUGUAGAAAUUCACGGAAGGCGUUCAUCCAAUUGUGAAACGUUCUCCAAAUUCGGAGGUUUUGGAUACUUUGACAAUCUACUCCCGUAUCUGCCCGCGACAACAGAAGAGAGAAAAGAUGUUCUUCACAUGACGACCGUGUCUGACAGAGACCUUCGACGUCUGUCUGAAGACAGUAUUUAAUUCUCAGCGACAACGUGAGUCGUAAUUUGUCUGUCACUCAUGCCGAAGACAUCGACAGGACACAGGAAUCUUGUCUGCGAGUUUGAGACAGACCCGGACAAAGAGCGAGUGAGCAGUGGCGAGGCUGCUCGCGCAAAGAGUCGCUCUCCUGCGCUUCAUUCUGUCGAGGUAAUAAGCACCCUCAGAAACGGGAAGUCCCAGAAAACGUUGUAGCAUAUUGGAAAACGCAAUCAAUGGAGGCCAUUGCGUAAACAUCGUUGUUCAGGACAAGGAAAGUGCUCGUUUUUUCCUUCGCUCUUUCUCGCUCUUGGCUCAGGGGGAAUAAUUAGAGCACUCACUCCCAGUUCUUUUUUCUCGAGCGCGGGUCGACGUUGUGCUCUGAAUAAUUUGUCAGUGCGUUGUGUUGUCGUUUGAGAGCGGGGUCUAGAGCUUUGUAGGCAGGGACGAGAGUACGGAGAUCAGACGUCAUCAGCUAGUGUGUCGUCUGCUGUGACACCGAAUACAUCUGGGAAAGACGUCGGGAGAUUUGUGUCUUCGAAGAUUUAUUCCUGGAUGCUGGAGAAAUUGGAAAUUUUGUGUACGUCUGUGACGUGGAAGUGUUAAGAUUUCUUUCUGUUGGAUUUAAUGAUCGCAAUAUUUAAAUGACAGGUCCCCUGUCAGUCGCGAAAUCUUGAUUAGAACGUCUGGAUAGAACCAUGACGUCCUCUGUUCAGAUUUAAAUAUCCCAUGACGGGCGGACAACGGCAGGAUGACGUCACUGAUUUGUGAUAAAAGCGCGCCAUCUGUCCCCAGGACCUGAGCGCCAGACCGAUGCCCCAUCCUCCCAGCCUCCCCGCACACCGGGUCUGGGGGAUGGGGGUCAAGCUGUGGCUACUCUGCGUCAUCAGGAAGUGCCGGACAUUGACCACGGCCCUGGUAUUCCUGUGUCUGUGGAUCUGUCUAAUCACCGUCAUUAACACCGUGUCGGACGGCGGGCGGCCUACUGUUGCUAUCAGCGAUGCCCGCAAUAAUUUCUUACGACCCGAUGAUUUGAGCAGAUCCGCCGCGUCGGUGUUGAGAUUGUCUCCGACAAACAAGGAAUGGGAGCGUGACUCCCUCAGCCUGGGACGCAAUGAUGCCAGAUCAGGGCCACGUAAUGAGUUGAGGUUCCCUCCUCCCGGUGGCGAGGCGCGCUGGGUCCCUGGGCCGGACGCACGGGACCAGGACACAUCGGCCGUCCUGGAGAAUGGGAUAAUAGGCGGGCGCCGCAUCCAGGGGAUUAAAGCCGGCGAGAUGGAGGGAUUAGAAAGUCUGUCCGCGCGCUCCGAGAGAGAUGAGCAGGACGGAGAGCCGAGCGUGGCGGCAGCGGCGGGCGUGAGUACACCCGCUCAGAUCGAUACCCACGAUACCUCUGAGAUGGCCAUCGCGGGGACAGCUAGGGAGCUCUCCCAGGAUCUCGGGGAUUUGCGCUCAAAUUGGACCCCUAAGAUGGGACAGAAUCCGCCCGAGCUGAACAUUCCAGGGCAAGGGUUGAAGGCAGCGAGACAAGAAUCUCAACAGGAUCGCUUCGUUUCAUCACGUGCGAGAAAUUCCUUCCUCAGCUCCCUCACAGAGCCUCGUAAACCAGGAUCAGAGGGCGAGGAAACAGGCACUGGUUCAGGGACGUACGGAUUACUCGGACGAGGAAAAUCUAUAGGGAAGCGUUUAUCCCCGGCCGGUGCGGAACUGCACAAUCGACAGACCGCUCUUUACGACAGGGGCUCGGACCAGGCAAUCAAUACACUUUUCAAUAGUGAUGAGCCGAGCACAACUCGCGAAAAUGAGGCUGGGGAGAGAACUCGUAAGUCUCAGACACGUUUUACAGCGAGUAGUAACCAAUAUCCAACAAGUCCUCUAGCAAAUUUAGACAAAACCUCCCGCACACAGACACUGAAAGACCAGGGUCGCAAAUCAAAUCUAGAACGGGGAAUUGCCAUGCAAAUGGAUGUCCCAAAACGCAACACGGGAUUCUCGCCCACGGCGACCAUCGAUCAGAUCGGGGAGCCAGCAGCCCGGCAAAUGUGGCUGGGUGUUAAAUAUCCCGCUCAGACCUAUUCUUUUCCUGGAGUAGAGAAAGACAAAAGUAACGGAGAGGGGGAAAGGUCGGCUCCCUCUCUAAGUUCUCACGCAAAAGCACGCAAUGAAUCAACAUCAGCCGUGGGGGUGAGUACACCGAGGAAAUCGAGCGAUAUAGGAGACCAACAGGGGAGGGCAAUCAAUCCUGCUUUCAUUAAGCCCCCUGUGUCGGGAGCGCUGGACUGGCUUUCAGCGUCUGGGCCUAGCAACAGUUUGCUUAGCGGCCCAGGGCGGGAUGUACAACAGGCAGACACCAGCGGCCACAAGCGCCUGAAAAACGACGGGUUUGACCUCUACUCGUACAACGUGACGGCCAGCGAUUGGCUGUCUUUGAGCAGAGAAAUACCGGACACAAGGCCGCCUGGAUGUCCAGCCGCUGCGGCGUACAACCAGACAGGCCAGCUGAGAGCCUCCGUGGUCAUCUGCUUCCACAACGAGGCUCUAUCCGUGCUACUCCGGACUGUCCAUUCUGUGCUGGGCCGGACUCCCGGGCCGCUGCUGGACAGGCUGAUCCUGGUGGACGACUUCAGCGACACUGACGAUCUACAGAGUGAGCUGGACGACAGGCUGAGAGACCUCGAUCCCCGGAUUUUAUUGACAAGAACCUCCAAAAGAGAGGGACUAGUUCGCAGUCGUCUUAUAGGGUCCAACCUAGCCACCUCAGAAGUUCUGGUGUUCCUAGACGCCCACUGUGAGUGCAACACGGACUGGCUCGAACCUCUGCUGGCACAGAUAGCCCAAGGUCAUGACCAGGUAUAG